AUGACCACAAUGGUGGCCCGGAGCCAGGUGCUGGAGCUGGAGGAGAAGGUGCAGGUGCUCACAGGCCAGAGGGACAGCCUGGACGAGGAGCUGAGUGCCACCAGGGUGCAGCUGGAGAAGGAGAAGGUCCGUGUGGAGAGCAUGUUCCGGCACGAGGAGUCCCUGCAGGCUAAGCAGAGAACCCUGCUGCAGCAGCUGGACAGCCUGGACCAGGAGCGUGAGGAGCUGCAGACCAGUCUGGCAGAGGCCGAGGCAGAGAACGCCCGGCUGGCAGAGCAGCUGGAGCAGAGCCAGGAGCAGAGUGGGAAACAGCUCCAGGCACAGCAGGAGCUGCUGGACACGCUGCAGCAGGAGAAGCUGGCACUGGAGCAGUCCAUCCUGGAGCUGCAGGCAAACACAUCCCAGCUGCAGGAACAGGCACAGGAGCUGAGGGAGCGGGAAAGGCUCCUGGUGUUCUUCCCCGAUCUCCACAUCCCCGCUGAGAUGCAGUUUGAGAGCAGUGGGAACUUGAGAGAGGACAUGGAGAGUCAGCUCCAGGCCAACAAGAUCCGGAUGGAGGUGCUGGAGCGGGAGAAUGCGCAGCUCGAGGCUCUGCUCACCAAGGUGAAGGCAGCAGCUGAGCAGGGCGUGCUCAAGCUUGUCCCAGAGGCCCAGCUGUGGUCCCAGCUCCACAGGGAGGCUGGCAGGCAGGACCCUGGGCGGCUCAGCAGCGGAAGCAGCAGGGACAGCACAGGGACGCCAGGAUGCACAGACAAGGCCUGGCAUGGAGCUGCCAGCAGCCACAACUCCAAACAACUCCAGGCAGAGCCCACAUCCCAGGCCAAACCCUGCCUAACGCUCCCAGUGCGACGCCUGGGGCUGGGCCUCCCCUCACACCACACCGGGGCUCACCACAAAUAAACACAGAUCAGUCUGAACUUCCCAAUAGAGAAAUUGUGUUCCACCAGCAGCCACCUGCCCUGCCCAGGCGACCUCGUUACCAGUUCUUUGUGCAUUAGGAAGGUGCAUUCCCUUGGGAAACCUGGGCUCUGCCUGGUUCCUUGGGGAGCUGCUCCAGGGACGUUCCGGGGCACUGGAGCUCAGUCACCCAUGGCUGUGCCACUGCUGCAGUCCCCAAAAGAACCCUGGGCAGGACACAGCAUGUGCUAACUCCUGCCAGGAACCAUUCCCAAGAGGGGACUGGGAUGUGGCCACACUUGGAAGAGGAAAGCAGAGCUGGCCUGGGAUGAGAGGAGUCUGAGCCACCCUUAGCCCACCAGCACAGCC